GGCAGAACAGGACUCAGUUAUCCCCAGGAGGUCAGUCACUUUCCUGCUGUACUAUGGCACAGACAGAGAGUUGCUGCUCUACAUGCACACACAGCUCUGGGGGAACAGGCUUUAAUCUCACACUGGAAAUAUGACACUGCCAGCAAAGAUCAUCAUAACUGGAGCAGGCAGAGCUACACCGACCAGCACUCAGCCACCGAGCCGGGGAUGAAUCAGCCCCAACAAAGAGCCUUUGAGAUGGGAAUGUGUGCUCCUGCCUGGAGGGAGGAACGCAUCAGGCUUUCCCAGGCAAGCGGCAGCCUGCAGUGUGUGCUCGCUUGAGAAGAGAAGCCAGCCCUCCUCCUCCUCUUCUUCUUCCUCCUCAUCGUUGUGUGCAUGACAGAGGGAGAGAGCGUGUAUGUCCAUGUGUGAGUGCAUGUGUGAAUGUGAGUAAGCUUUUGUAUAAUAGUGUAUGUGAGUGUGAGAGUGUGCGCACUCUGGCUUCCAAGCCUUCCAGGAGGAGAGAGGCUCUCCUCUCCACCAGACAGCAAAGGGACUUUCUGAAGCAGGCAAGCUGUCGCCCUCUUGGACUUGAGGAUGUUUCGCAAGAAGAAAAAGAAGAGGCCUGAGAUAUCAGCGCCCAAGAACUUUGAGCACCGUGUCCACACGUCAUUCGAUGCCAAACGGGGCUGCUUUGUCGGCCUGCCCACGCAAUGGCAAAGCCUGAUAGAGAACCUCCGCAGGCCCCGGCCCAUGGUGGACCCUUCAAGGAUCACAGAAGUGGAGCUGAGGCCAAAGAAGACCAUUGUGCGGGGGAGCAUGAUUGGUCACGGGGACUACAUUGCAGCCAUGAUCAACGACAUGAGCCGACUGUCGGUGACCAGUUCCAACUCUCUGAGGAAGAGCAGCCCCUCGGCCAGGAAGAGGGCGCAGUCUCUAGGAAGGCUGGGGGAGGUGAACGAGGGAGACCCUUACCAGUACGAAGGCCUCACGCAGGACGAUGACGAAGACGACGAGGACGCAGGUGAUGACCCCUGGAGGGAAAGAGCCAGGAACAUCCACAGUGAAACCAACACUCCUUACCUGGGCAUGAAGAAGAGCAUCACCCUACAGCCAAAUGGGAUCUUACCCAAAGCCAAGUCCACAUAUGAAGUCAGCAUCGGCUCCAUGGAGGGGCCUUCGCAAACUGCUCAUUCCCAGAACAUGCUGAUGAUGAGUCAGGGGCCUUACAUGAGCGAAGAGGUGGGAAGCCCUCAGGAGAGAGUGAUAUGGAAAAGAGAUUUCCAGCUGCCCAGGGGGCUGCCACCGAGUCAGAGACCUAUAGCUUGUUUUUACAGCCCUGCUAUGACUGUUCAGCCGCCUCAUGGAGACCAAGGGACAGUCACCACGGAGCUCCGGCCAAACCCACCAAUGUACAUGCACCCACAGAACAGCCCGGGGAGGCCAUUCUCCUCUUACGACCUGAAAGCAGAGUCGACAGUGAGGUACCACUCUGGCUUCCUCCCCACAGGAAACAGCAGUCCUCUCGUGGGCGGCAUCAGACCCCAGCGGACUGUCCGCUCUUCAGCUAGCUACACGUUGGGCCUGUCUCCUAACAUGGGACUGAGGCCAAACGGACCUGAACCAUUCCUCAGACACUCCGGAUGUCCCAACCCUCCCUAUCCUCGCCAAGACAGCCCCUCCCAACCCCGGCCCUCCCCUACAGGCUCACUAGCCACCAGUCCUCCAGGAACCUGCUCCCCUGCCUUCAGACCUCCACAGCAUCCAUCACCCAGACCCCCGCCAGACCCGCCUAAAGUGACACAUGAGCAGUUCAAAGCAGCCCUGCAGAUGGUUGUAGACAAGGGCGAUCCUCGGUCGUACCUAGAGAACUUUGUGAAGAUUGGGGAGGGCUCGACAGGUGUGGUGUGUAUCGCCACAGAGAAGCACAGCGGACGCCAGGUGGCAGUGAAGAUGAUGGACUUGAGACGACAGCAGAGGAGAGAACUGCUCUUUAAUGAGGUGGUCAUCAUGAGGGACUAUCAGCACAGGAACGUGGUGGAGAUGUUCAAGUCGGCACUGGUGGAAGAGGAGCUGUGGGUUAUCAUGGAGUACCUCCAGGGAGGAGCACUGACCAACAUUGUGUCUGAAACCAGGUUGAGUGAGGAGCAGAUUGCCACGGUCUGUGAAGCUGUUCUGCAAGCCCUGGCCUAUCUCCAUUCACAGGGAGUCAUCCACAGAGACAUCAAGAGUGACUCCAUACUACUCACAUUAGAUGGAAGGGUAAAGCUCUCAGAUUUUGGCUUCUGCGCUCAGAUCAGCAAGGACAUCCCAAAGAGGAAGUCUUUAGUGGGGACGCCGUAUUGGAUGGCUCCUGAGGUCAUUUCCAAAUCGCCAUAUGGCACUGAGGUGGAUGUUUGGUCGAUGGGGAUCAUGGUGGUGGAGAUGGUAGACGGAGAGCCGCCGUACUUCAGUGAAACUCCUGUAGCAGCUAUGAAGAGGCUGAGGGACGAGCCGGCUCCGACUGUGCGAAAUGUCACUCAGAUCUCACCAGUCCUUAAAGACUUCCUGGACCGUAUGCUAACACGGGACCCCCUAGACCGGGCCAGUGCCACCGACCUACUGGAGCACCCGUUCCUGCUGCAGAGCGGCUCACCUCAGUGCCUGGUCCCACUGGUGGAGCAGUACCGCAAACGCAUGUCCCGUUGCUGACCCUCUGAGUGCCCCUAACACCCUUCUACAGUCUGGUCUGUCCUGGCCUCUGAAGAGAACCAACACCUGGGCCCAAACCCUCUUGCACCCUGGUCAUUGGGUGAUCAGCACCGGCGAAGCAGACCCAGACAGCAUAAUGCUGCUGGCGUGAUGGUGGCAGGAGUUUGGUUGACAUGCAGCACAUGGUCUCGUGAAGCACUUUAGGAGUUAAAGGCAGCAUGCAGUUCCUCACAUCUCAACUCGGUUUGAUCCGAAUAUCAAUAAGCUUCCUGUGACGUAUGGUGUGAUUUAACACAACACUUAAUGGUGCAUAUCAAGUCCACUAAACUACACGCACUACUCUAAUGACCUUUUAUAGCUUUCAUAGAGGGCAUUUUUGCAAGCUGUUUGGAAGCGUAUAAAGCUGUUUAGGCUUAAACCACAGUAGCUCAUUGUGAAGGAAGAAUAGUUACCUCUCUGCUGUGGAAACUGGACAACGAUCUUGGUCUGCACACUCCACAAACACUGACAGUCGACUCUUUGCAUGGCCAAACGGAGGCACACCUGGCCUGAUGGGAAUGCUUGAAUAUGAACCAAACUGGGAUGUGGAAGACAAUUCUCCUUUAUUAGCAUAAUAAAUGGGUAGAUAAAAGCCCAGCUGCUACUAUUGGGCUAUUGGAAAAUCACCAGUACAAUAUUCCUCUUUUUCAUAUUUAUUCUUUAUUUCCAAAAGGUGUUGUUGUGGGUUUGUUUAUAUGAUGUGAAGUUGCAAAUAAGGUUUCAUUAUUACAUAUGGACUUGAAACAUAAACAGAUAAAUUAAUAAUGUAAAUAAAAUACUGAAUAUUAGGUCUGAAUCCUGCUGAUUACUGCAGUAAAUUAUAUAAGAUAAACUGGAAAUUUUACUUUUCUUAUCUGAAAUGUGAGUAUAUAGUUGUGUGUGAGCACAUGGGUAUGUA